AUGUCUGUGGAAGAAGUCAACAAAAGAGUCGAUGAGCUCUCUGCUCUUGUUCAAAAACAGAGCGAGGUGAUCGCCAAAACUGGAAAACAGAUGAUGGAGUACCAGGUCAAAGACGUCAAAUCCAGAAUGGCCUCUUUGAACACGGAACAGCCACAACAGAAGAUUGAUACGGAUGAAUUCGCCACCAACGACGAUUUGGUCCAGUUGGUCACGGAAUUACAGAAUCAGCUCGAUUUCUUGGAAGACAGAAACGUCAAGAGGACGCUUGGAGAAUUGAAAAACUUGGAUGCUGCUUCGCUUUUACAAUUGUGUGAGUUCUUCGAGCUCAUUGUGGAAAACAACAACCCUGAGGAGGUGGCUGAACUUUUGAAGCUGGAGACACUUAGCGCCGAAGAUGCCGAGAAACUCUUCAAUCCUAAGUCCAAGUCGCUUGAGGAGAAAUUGAAGGCUUUGAAGAAAGAGGAUGAGGUGGAGUUGUUUGACGAAUUGGCCCGCUUCAUCGGCGUGCGUAGAGUUAUUCGUAACCAGAGAAAGGGUGCUGGCUCCGUCUUCACCGCUCACACCAGAUUGAGAAAGGGUGCUGCCAAGUUGAGAACCUUGGACUAUGCUGAACGUCACGGUUACAUUCGUGGUGUCGUCAAGUCUAUCAUCCACGACUCCGGUAGAGGUGCUCCUUUGGCCAAGGUUGCCUUCAGAGACCCAUACAGAUACAAGAUGAGAGAGGAGACUUUCGUCGCUAACGAGGGUCUUUACACUGGUCAGUUCAUCUACUGUGGUAAGAAAGCCUCUUUGAACGUCGGUAACGUUUUGCCUUUGGGCUCUUGUCCUGAGGGUACCAUCGUCUCCAACGUUGAGGAGAAGGUUGGUGACAGAGGUGCCUUGGGCAGAACCUCCGGUAACUACGUCAUCAUCAUUGGCCACAACCACGACGAGGGUAAGACCAGAGUCAAGUUGCCAUCCGGUGCCAAGAAGAUCAUCAACUCUGACGCCAGAGGUGUCAUUGGUGUUGUUGCCGGUGGUGGUAGAAUCGACAAGCCAUUGUUGAAGGCCGGUAGAGCUUUCCACAAGUACAAGGCCAAGAGAAACUCCUGGCCAAGAACUAGAGGUGUGGCCAUGAACCCAGUUGAUCACCCUCACGGUGGUGGUAACCACCAGCACAUUGGUAAGGCUUCUACCAUCUCCAGAGGUGCCGUCCCAGGUCAGAAGGCUGGUUUGAUUGCCGCCAGAAGAACUGGUUUGUUGAGAGGUACCCAGAAGACUCAGGACUAA